CUCUCUCAUUUGGCAUUAACCCAACUUCACCUUACUCAGUUUGUUCUAUUCAGCUUCACUAAUCACUACUACUACUAAAACUAAAUCAUUUGUUUAAGAUUACUCGAAUAAUUUUCCGAAGAACGAUAUGCAGAAAAUUAUAGUUUCGCUGGAGUUACACGACGACAGAUGCAAGCAGAAAGCUAUGAGAUCAGUUUCUGGUAUUUCAGGAGUUGAUUCAGUAUCAAUAGAUAUUAAAGACAAGAAACUAACAGUAAUUGGAGAUGUUGAUGCAAUACUUAUUGUAAAGAAACUAAGAAGACACUGUCAUACAACAAUAGUUUCAAUUGGGUCAGCAAAAGAACCAGAAAAGAAGAAGGAAGAACCGAAAAAAGAAGAACCAAAGAAAAUUGAAUACGCGUAUACUUAUGGAGCUUAUAAUCCUCAUAUACCUACACAUUAUUAUGAUCCCACAUAUUACUAUGUUUAGAGCGUCCACAGUGGUGCGAGUAUAACCAAAGACCAAAGACUAAAAAAAAAGACCAAAUUUGGGUUUAGUCCGUCAUGUGGCGUAGUGGGAAAAGAGUAUAUUUGAUCGUGCGUUGAUAAACA